AUUACCCUUGUAAUUUUUCACGUCCCAUCAUCAGAGUUUUCUUCUCUCUCCCUUCUUCCUUCAUUCCCAAACCCAAACCCUUUCUUUGUCACGAACAAAUAAAUAUUACCCCAAAAAAAAAAAAAAGAAACCCUCUUUCCCGUGAAGAACACCACAGGCCUCACCCAGCAUAUGCACAACACCUGCUUUCAACCAAAUCCUCCUAUUCUCCUCACUCUUCAUUCCUUGUAAAUUCCUUCAAUCUCAGUACUGUGAAGGAUCUUUCUUUAACAAAAUUGUUGUGGUUCUGUUACUGUACUCUUACAUUUAAAAAACUUUUUUUUUUGCUUCUAUUCUUCUGCGCGCCUCAAUUCUAAAACCAAAGUUUAGGAAAAUAUAUACCUGAAAAUUACAACCGAUCAUAUAAUUCAUGGAUUCAACCUCAGGUGGAGAUACACUCGACCCCAAUAGCACAGCGCAGCCUCAGCCUCAGCCUCAGCCUCAGCCUCAGCCUCAGCGUCAACAGCAAACAGGAGAAUCAUCUUCUCCAGCAACCCCGAGCCGCUACGAGUCACAGAAGCGCCGCGACUGGAACACUUUCUUGCAGUAUUUGAGAAACCACAAACCGCCGUUAACGCUAGCUCGAUGUAGCGGCGCACAUGUUAUCGAGUUCUUAAAGUACCUUGACCAGUUCGGGAAGACUAAGGUCCACAUAACGGGCUGCCCCUACUUCGGGCACCCUAACCCCCCCGCUCCCUGCUCGUGUCCACUUAAACAGGCAUGGGGUAGCCUCGACGCGCUGAUCGGACGGUUGAGAGCCGCCUACGAGGAGAGCGGCGGACGGCCGGAAUCGAACCCGUUUGGGGCGAGAGCGGUGAGGAUUUACUUGAGGGAAGUGAGGGAAGGACAGGCGAAGGCGAGGGGAAUUCCAUAUGAGAAGAAGAAGCGGAAAAGGCCCACGGUUACAUCUGAAAAAGUGUCGGUGGGGAGGAAUCAAGGGGUUGAAGCUGGUGCUAGUAGCGGUGGAGUUGGUGGGAGCGGAGGAGAAGAGACUGGAGGCGGCGGGAGUGCUCCUUCUCCUCCUGCUGCUGCUGCUGCCGCUGCUGCUACAGCUACUACUACUAGCGUACAGUGAAAUUUUACUUUUCACUCUAAUAGCUCUUUUGAAUUAUGAUUAUUAUGAGUUACAUAUUAUCCGCCGAUUCUCUUCUUCAUUCCCAUGAAAAUUCAUCAUUUCCUUUAUCUUCUUCAGCAAAAAGAUGAAUGAAUGGUAGGUUUUGUGUCUAUAGAACAAAUCAAGGCUUCGUAAUUGGUAUAUCUUCUUUUUCUUCUAUAUUGUUUAUUAU